AUGGCGACCACGAAAGAGGACAUGUCGAAGUUGAUGGCCAACGUCACGCCAUGGUAUAAGGAUCCAGGACGACGGAAGCUGUAUGCUCUCCUCCUAGUGCCACUCCUGUCGUCGGCGACCAACGGCACAGUCAUGGGCAAAGCUGAUCACUUCUUACGGUACAUAGCAUUGAUGAAUGGUCUACAAUCAAUCACGUAUUACGAGGACUACUUCAAUCAUCCACAUGGAUCGACACAAGGUCUGCUGAACGCGAUCCAGAGCGUAGGCGGUAUCGUGAGCCUUUUCACUGCGCCAUACGCGGCAGACUACGGCGGCCGAAAGUGGACUAUCUUCUUUGGCUGUUUGGUUGUUGUGAUCGCUGGUCUUGUGCAAUGCUUUGCCGUCAACGUAGGCAUGUUCACGGCAGCGAGAUUCCUCAUUGGUCUUGGCUCAGGUUUCUCUGGUCUCGCCUCUCCAUUGCUCAUCACAGAGCUUGCUCACCCGUGCGAGCGCGGCAAGGUCUCUGCGCUGUAUAACACGCAGUACUACUUUGGAGGUACGACUCACACCUUUGCUAUGGAAUCAGCUGCUAACUUCCCCGAAGCCUUCCUAGGUGGCUGGAUCACAUUCGGAACACUAUACAUUGAUUCCAACUGGGCAUGGAAACUUCCCAGUCUCCUUCAAUCUGGCCCAUCCUUCGUACAACUACUACUGGUCCUACUGCUACCAGAGUCACCUCGCUGGUUGAUGUCCCGUGGCAAGGACGAGCGAGCGUUGAAGAUUCUUGCGAAGUAUCAUGCCAACGGUGACGACAAUGAUCCAUUAGUCAGACUCGAGUAUGCCGAGAUGCAGGCCACGAUCUCGAAAGGCGAGCAGAAAGGACGUUGGUUGGAGCUGGUCAACACGAAGGGCAACAGAUACCGAGCCUUCAUCUGCCUCGCCUGUGGCGUCUUUUCACAGUUCUCAGGCACCAGUUUGACUGCCUACUAUCUACAUGAUAUCUUGGUGAAGCUCGGGAUCGAAGACCCGAAGUAUCAGAACAAGCUCAACGGAUUCAUUCUCAUGGUCAACAUGAUCGAGGCCUGGUUCUGGGCUUUAAUGGUUGAUCGAGUUGGUCGACGCCCGCUAUUUCUCAUUGCAUCCAGUGGAAUGUGUUGCACAUUCGCGAUCUGGAUUGCUUUAACAGCCGAGCAAAUCCGACAUCCAGAUCAGCUUGGUUAUGGCAAAGGUGUCAUUGCCAUGAUCUUCUUCCAUAACUUCUUCUACAACUUCGCAUGGAUCUCGCUCAACGUGGCCUACCCACUCGAAAUCCUUAGCUUCAAAAUCCGGGCAAAUGGACUGUUCUUGCAGGGGCUCAGCACGAACAUCUGUCUGUUCCUAUCUCAGUACACCAUCCCACUCGGCAUCGCUGCAGGGUCGUGGAGGUUUUAUUUCUUCUUCGAGGGCUGGUUGCUCAUUCAAUUCGUGGUGGUCUACUUUUAUUUCAUCGAGACCCGCGGCGCAACUCUCGAAGAAAUCAGCAAGACGUUCGACGGCGCUGAUGCAGUGCAAGAAUUCCAGGACAAGGCUAAUCAAGUCGUUGGAAUCACCGAGAUUAGUGAGGCCGGGCGGAAGGGACGCUCGAACAGUGUUGGGGCUGGUGAUGCUGAGCAUGUGGAUGAAAUCCAUGAGGUGAAGCGGGACUGA